AUGAGUGAGAUUGUUCUAUCCAACACCACCUCAUGCUCCAACCAAUACAUCCCUGCCGAGUAUUCAAAUCCAGACCCCAUCAUGUCUACUGGUGCUUUCGAUUCAAUGGUUGAACAGCAAAAGAUGGAUUCACCUUCGGCUACUGCUGCAUUCGAUGAUGGUACCCAGCAACAACAACAACAACAGCAGCAACAGCAGCCUUUCUAUCAGGGCUACGGCUUUCAGCAAAUGCAAAUGAAUUACCAGCCGAUGCCAACAAUGGCAGCUGCUGCGGCCUAUCAGAUGCGAUUGAAUGGAUAUCAUCCUACAAGCCCAGAUGAUUCGAUAUCAUCCAACUCUUCGCCUCAAACGCCACCUGCUGCAGCCGCAGCUGGCAACAACAACAAUAACAGUAAUAUGGGUAUUACUGCUACAACCACCACUACCACUACAGCAACCACAACAACACCAGCUGUUAUGGAUAACUCAGUUUCUACAUGUUCCACAGCAGCAGCAGCAGCGGCUGCUGCAGCUGCGAUCAACUUUUCACAACUCUCUGUCCAACCUUUGGAUACGCCCAUUCCUCCUCCUCAACCUCAACCACCAACAGCCACGCCAUUGAUAUCAUCCUCAUCAUCGACAACCACAUUUUCGAAUUCGACGACUGAACGUGUGAAGGAGACCAUUGCCAGAGCCAACUCUGUUCCUAUGGAGUUUUAUCACACAGAGUUUCUUGAGUACUCAAAAGAGACAUACGAGCGUAAAAUGGAUGCUAAGCGUAACAAGCGCAAACGUUCAGCUGGUCUUCAUUCCAACAAUAGCUCUUCAGAGGAUCUUGUUAGCAAGAAGAAGCGAGAUGAAGCAGCAGAUUCUGAAGAAGAUGAUGUUGAUGAUGAUGAUUUGGACGAGCGAAACCAUGGUGGUGCUACAUCAGCCGAAUUGCGUCGACAAAUCCAUAUCCAAUCUGAACAAAAGCGACGAGCCCAAAUCAAGGAUGGCUUUGAUGAAUUACGAAAGCAUUUGCCUGGUUGCAACAAUAAAAAGAUGAGCAAGGCAGCUUUGCUCACUCGAACUGUUCAGCAAAUCCAGCACUUGAAGAACAUGCAAUCUGAGCUCUUGGCGGAGGUGGAGCGUCUUGUACAGGAGAACGACAAUUUGAAAAAGUUCCAGCACAAUGUGCUUCAACGACAAGCAAUGGAAAAGAUGUACACCUUCUAG